CUGUCUCAAAGGGAGUCGUACGGCCGGGUCCCCUGCGCUCAUGUUACGCGGAAAUAAAUCCCAUAGAAGUCCAACGGGACAUCCUCUCAAGAUGAGACAGUCUCAAGGAAAGAACUCCACCCUGUUUCUGCAAUUAGAGAUGAAGAGUUUUGGCCAGAUCCGGCUACCGUAGCUGCAACGUGAAGCCAAAAAGAGUUGAUUGGCGAGGCGAGCCGCCCAUCAUUUUUCGUUCAGGAAACCGUCGGAGCUAGUUAACAAACGUGAAGAAGCUCGGGUCUGUCAAAAUGAGUCUACGUAAACAAACCCCAAGUGAUUUCUUGAAACAAAUCAUUGGAAGGCCAGUUGUUGUCAAGUUGAAUUCUGGAGUUGAUUAUCGAGGUGUUCUGGCUUGCUUGGAUGGAUACAUGAAUAUAGCUCUGGAACAGACAGAGGAGUAUGUAAAUGGACAACUGAAGAAUAAAUAUGGAGAUGCUUUCAUCAGAGGAAACAAUGUUUUGUAUAUAAGUACACAGAAGAGGAGAAUGUGAGCAUACAUGAAGAUGAAAUAUUUUGUACUGCGACUUUUGGUUCUUAACAUUAUUUUGUUUGUUGCUGGUAAUGUUUCAGUGAACAAGAUUAUUGCAUUCUGCUGUAAAAGCUACAUGGCCUGUAAGACACAGUAGGUUUUUUUUUAUAUGUAAAACCAAAUGGAACAUUUCUGACACUGUUUGGAAUACUUCUUGUAUUGUAAUUUGGAAUGAAAUAAACUUGGAAAAGAA